AGGGCCCGGCGGAGCAUGAGGAAAGACGGUCCUCCAUCCGGAGCUUCUUGGAAGAAGGGCCCACGGGAAAAAGCUGGGGAUGAAAUACGCGCAGGUCUAGGAAGGGAGAGGAGGGAUCGUCCACGAGCCCUGGCAGCGGGCGAUCGGGCCGUGAGGAGCCUCGGGCGCGGCCUCGCCUCCCCGGCCCGCCGCCCGCAUCAGCACCGCGGACAGCACAGCGCCCCCGGUCCCGACCCGGCCGCCGGCCCGCGCGCGCCCCGGCCCGCCUCGCCCGCAUCAGCACCGCGGACAGCGCCCGGGCCCCCGCUCGCCGCCGCCAGCCCACCCGCUCUCCGGGUCAGCACCGCGGACAGCCCCCCUCGACCAGCCCUGCGGCAGCCCCGGUGCCUCGUGCGUUCCCGGAACAUGGCCACCGAGGUCCACAAUCUGCAGGAGCUCCGGAGAAGUGCGUCACUGGCCACCAAGGUCUUUAUCCAGAGAGACUACAGUGAUGGGACCAUCUGUCAGUUCCAGACCAAAUUCCCUCCAGAGCUGGACAGCCGGAUUGAGCGGCAGCUGUUUGAGGAGACGGUGAAGACCCUCAAUGGCUUCUAUGCGGAGGCCGAGAAGAUCGGGGGCAGCUCCUACCUGGAGGGCUGCCUGGCCUGUGCCACGGCUUACUUCAUCUUCCUCUGCAUGGAGACCCACUAUGAGAAGGUUCUUAAGAAGAUUUCUCGCUACAUCCAGGAGCAGAAUGAGAAAAUCUUUGCUCCCCGAGGCCUCCUGCUCACAGACCCCGUGGAGCGUGGUAUGAGGGUUAUCGAGAUCUCCAUCUACGAGGACCGGUGCAGCAGCGGCAGCUCGAGCAGCGGCAGCAGCAGCGGCAGCGGCAGCAGCAGCGCCGGCGGGGGCGGCGCGGGGGCCCGGUGACUGGCCGAGAGUCCCCGCAGGGAGGGGUACGGCGGCCGCGGCGAGGGCCUGGCCGAUCUACGGAGGCUGCGCUACCAGAGCACCCGCUUCUGAGUCUUUCUUUGGGCCCACCCUGCUGCGCCGGGUCGGGGGUGAGGGGAGGGCGGCUGUCCUGUGUUCCAAGUCCCCAGCCUCUCGGCAGGAUCGUUCGUUCUCUUUCUGAUCCCGGAGCCAGACCUUCUUAGAGAAGGCAGGGGUGAGGAGACCCCGGUUUGGACAGCCCCUCUCUUUCUGGGCUCCUUCCCCAAUCUCUCUAAAGACAGCCUGGAGAAUUUCCACCCUGCAUGAGUCCUUAUUCCAAAGCCCACGACUCUUCUGGUCCUACUCCCCGUGACACAGCCUGAGGCCACCACAGCUUUAUGACCCUGCCUCCAACGCGGAGAGCUGGAGAGAUGGGCGCCCUGGUGGGGACCUGUUCAGCCACUCCCAUCCGCCCCCCCUCCCCCCAGCUCACCUCCACCUAUGGCUGUCGGGUCCUCCCUCCGGAGCUGGAGCUGGAGGCUUGCCAAGAACCAUCCAACCCUCAUACUUUGCAGACCACUGGGUGCUGCUUGUGGGGCGCACAGCCUGGGGCUUUAAGAGGUCCCAUGGAGGUCUGGUAGCUGUCUUCACAGUGGAGGCUUAAACUUGAACUGGAGCGCAUUUCCAGGUGUUAGAGCCCGUGUGUGUGUGUGUGUGUGUGUGUGUGUGUGUGUGUGUGUGUGUGUGUAUGCAUCUGCAUCAUAGGCGUGUAGAGCACUGCACACACGAGUGGACGUGUGUAUGGAUCUUAUGGGUGUGUGUAGCUUAUGAGUGUGUGAGCAUCCACACAUGAGUGCACGUGUAGGUACCAGUACACUAGUGUCUGAAUGCGAGUGCAUAUGGGAGCAUAUGCGUGAGUGUAGGCCUGCGUGAGUGAACGUGAACGGGUGUGUGCAAACAUUUUCCCAUGAACCCAUGUCUAUCUGAGUGAGUAUAUGAAUGGAAAUGUAAGUGCAGAUAUGCCCACGAACACGUGUGCACAAAUGUGUAUGAGAUGCAGGCACAAAAGUACAUGUGUGCGUGUGUCUGUGUGUGAGAGUGCACUUGUGUGUUCUCCUGGCUUCUGGGCUAUUUCUUCCUGCCCUAUCCUGUUACACAAAGGUCUGAAGGUUCCCUGUGUGAGUCCUGCCUGACCCAUAUAAGUCAGUGUCCUAAAGACAGGCUGCCAGCUCGGCUCUUCCUAGCUUUUCUGACUCUACUGUGCACAUUCUAAUAGGAGAGAAGUUGGGGUCCUAGGAGAGGAGAGCCAACCUUUGGGUGGCCUUUGGUGCCCCUCUCCCAGCCUCCACGGCAGACCAUGGGGCCACAGAUGCUGCAUAUUCAGCUUGCCCAAGCGCCAUGGCUCUAAGACCCUGCAGCCCAGGCUACCCUGGACAUUCAAGCAAGCAUUCCUUGCAAGGAAAGAGGGGCUGGCCAGCCAAUGGUGCUCCGGCUCCUGAGGGAAGAAGGCAGCCUGGGCUUGGGGCCCUGAAGAUGGACAAUGUGGGGUGCUUACCUCAGCCAGCAGGAGGUGCUAGGAGUGGACAGGUGUCCUAUAGCUUAAGGGGCCUGGUUGUCUGUCCACUGGCCACAGGAGCAGCAUGUGACAACAGCCAACAACCCAGAAAGCUGGAGACGAGUGGCCCAGGGUGAGGCUUUAGGGACCCUGAACCCUAUGAGUCCUGGUGCAAGGGUUCCCCACCAGCCCUGAUGAGCUGUAGCCCCUAACUUCUGGCCCCAGCCUGUGCCCUCUCUGGCCCCAGACAUGGGUAGGCAUUGUGUCUGAUUUUGUACCUCCUGUGAAGGGGCUGGGCACAGGCAAGAUGGAAGCUUUUGGUUUUAUUAUUUCUUUUUUCCAAUAAAAGGACUUUGCCCA